GGUUCAGAUGACAGUUCAAGUUUGACAUUACUUUGACACAAUUUUCUUGUAAACCGGCUCAACAGUUGUCGAACAGCAUCCACACGAACAAUGCCGACUCCAAGAGAAUGCAACGUCGUCUCCGGCAUGCCACGAACUCGGAUGAGCAAUAGAACAAUGUUUGCACACAUGUUCUUCCAAACCGUCGUUUAUCUGUCUGUACCAUUUUCAAUUAUAAGUUCCAUUCCAUACAUGCGUGAUCGAAAUAAAGACAAGUAAAACAUGAAGACAAACAAGUAUAAUCAGCGAACAUAAUUAUUGGAAUUAUAAAGCAAUUUGUUAAAUGUUUUCUUUGGAUACAGUUUGUUAGUAAUAAACUGGAGGUUCAUUAAGCCUAACUUAAUCUGGUA